AUGGCGACCUCCCCACGCCGCCUUGCAGAACAGCGAUGGUCUCUCAACGACCUCAGCUCUGAGCUGCUAGCCCUCAUUAUCGAGCAUCUCCGGGACAUUGAUCCCCCAUCGGCCGCCACAAGCCGUCGCUUGUCGAGGAGAUUCGAGGCAGUCGCGACCCCCAUCGUCUAUCAUGUGCUGUGCCUCAACGAAAGCAUUGUGUCAACGGACGCCGAGGCACGAUACCCUAACCUCUUCCGAAACGUAACGGCCCACACCAACCAUGUGGUGGCCCGCAGCAAUCUAGACCCCUUUGGCAUCAAGCGCGUGCUAGACAGGGUUCGCAGGCUCCAAUCUGUCCAAUGGGACUAUGUCGAUGCUGAAUUCAACAGCGGCCUCUUGUGGUUACCUUCUGAUGUGCUCAAAUCGGAACAGACCCGACAUCACACAACCAAGCUUCAUGUGCAAGGAUUGCCGCUGCGGGAAUUCGAAGGCCAUUUGCGUGACACCUACGUUCGAGCCAUCCCCACAGAUCUCUUGACGACGCUCAAACUAGCCAGCCCCGCGCCCCCCUUGACAACACGGCUCAACUCACUGAAGCAGCUGCUGCUGCUCUCGCGACGACUCGAAACUUUUCAUUACGAAGAUCGAGGCCAAGGUACCAACUUCAAGUUCAGCCCCGGUGAGCGCAUGCCGGCUCUCAAAGAACUGGUGUUGAAAUCAUAUGACUGGAACCACUCCAGAGAAGACGUGAAUCGGAAUUGGGAUUUUUCUCGCCUGGAAUCCCUCGACCUGGUUUCUGUGCCCAUUUUCAAUUUCCUUGUGUCUGUCAACUUCAAUGACCUCGCAAAUCUCCAACGGCUUCACUGCGAGGACUACAGCGCCCACCAGGUCACCGACAAGCGACAGGAUGCGACACGGGGCCUCCAUCUGCUUGUCAAGAAGCAUAUCCGAGCCCUCCAUUCCCUAAGCCUGACGUGCCACAUCUCUUCCUUCCCGCUUGACGGUAUCCUGGCGCAUGCAUCGACACUUCGGUCUCUGCGCUUCCGAGAUCAUGUUGGUUUUGGGGAGGAAGACCGUCGCUGUCCGACUCUCUGGCCAGCUGACCUCGAGACUCUUGGCCGCCAGCUGCCCUUUGUCCACACUCUCGAGAUCGACAUGGACAUUGCUCUGUGCGACCCGCCUGAGUUUUUGCGCGCCAUUUGUGCCUUCAAGAAACUACAUACUCUCACUCUACACGUGCAGACUGUCCUACACCCGCUUGAAAUAGUCCACCCGGGCAUGGACCGUGAUCACGACGCCGCAGUCCGCACUUUUGGCUGUCUCAUACAGUGCAAGCAAGAUUUCGAGGCGAGGGCAGCGCCAGGUUGCGGUCCGCAACCAUGGCGCCACAUGACCAUAAACGUUGGAGGUUGGCGGCGUGCCAUGGUCCGUCGCUUUAGUGCAGCCUGGCGCCGGCAGAAUGAACAGGGGGUCUUCGCGGAGCGGUGUUUUAUUCUCGAGCGAGACAGAGGUAGUAGUGGGCGCUUGACAUUCCGCGAGGAAAGACAGGGAGGCUGA